AUGGCAGAUGACGGCGGACUCCUCGCCAUCGACGUCGACACGGACGAUUACGCAGAAACGGCUGCCGGAGACACGCCCAGCACUGUCGACCGCACAUUCCAGAGCGAAGCCGAUUUUCAGAAGCAGAAAGCUGGCUAUACCGCGAAAGUUCAGAACGGAAACAACCUCGCCGAGUUGUAUCGUGCCGUUCCUGCGCUGCAAGAGGAUAGUGGUGAGAAAAUACGAUUGGGCAAGAAAGAGGUGAUGCUACUGGGAUACGCGGUGGGAGAGAUGUACUACGAGAGGGAGUACGGGCCGAUAUUGAGGCUUUGCGAGAGGGUUGAAGAUGUAUGUGAGGUUGAUGAGAAGUUGGGAGAGUGUCUGAGACGGUGGAAGGAGAGGUGUAGGAUGAGGAUGGAGAGGGAGGGGUGAGAAGGUAUGAGAAGGAGUCGAUUGCAUUGGAGAGAAAUGAAGUGCUUUUUGGAGUCGAAAUUGACAUACUAUGUGGACGGGGAGGCACAACAUCGCCUUGAGUCUCUGCGGAGUCGACAUUCUCAAGGUCAUCAAGAAACGCCUUGAUCCAAUCAAACGUGCAUCGGUGAAGAGGACCUAUCAGUGCUCUUCUGGUAGUUCUCGAUCGAACACACGCACGGGAUGGCCAGAAAGAGAGACAAUACCAUCCACGAUCUCAUACGAAACCGAUUCUGUCAUUCGCGAAUAUCAGCUGAGGACCAGCACUCACUUUGUGGAUUUGCACCGUGCAAACGCCUCCUGAUACAGCCACCAUGCAUGGCGCAUAUCAGACGGGUUGCACCGUAAUUUAUGGCUUGGACGAUGCUUCGACAAGAUCCAACACUUCUGUACAGAACAGCAUUCUGACGAGAUGUGUGAUUCUGUCUGCUUUGCGAAGGACUCAGGACUGGGCGACAUUCACAGAGAUUCAGAACUGGAUGUCUCUGCGCUUUGCGAAGAUUCACGACUGCUUGAUUGUCUCGGAGAUGUUUUCAAGCAAACACCACCGUUCACGAUACUGGCGCGCGGUUCUUCUCCAAGAGCAAAAUACUUUCAAUCUUCGCGAAGGAAGUCUCUCCACUAUUCUUGACGAAAUGGCUAUGAUAUCCCGAAACACCAGCUUUCAGAGACCGACGGUGACGCUUUCGUCGAUGUUGCUGUAUGGCAUUUUCGCCACGGAGAAGAGUGUCCUCAUCGGAACCCGACUGCUUGAGAGAGAAGAACAUUACAAGAUGCUGGUGUUCAGGAUUGCGGAAGGAAGAUUACCGCAGGAACUUGCAGAUUUGAUUCUCGAGGACCUUUUUGAACUGGAUAGACCGAUAGUACAAACACGCUGGAGGGAAGAGGCUUCGAUUCAUGUCAAUCAACUGAAAUUUAUGCGUGCUGCGCAUGCACCGGCUAUGCCAAAUCAGAAGAAAGUGAAAGAGAAGAUGGUGAGAUUUCCCCGACCAGCUUUGUGAAAGAUGCUGAUUGCUUAGGCUGCCAUGGGUGUUACCAUCACUCGAGUUCAACACAGUAAACCCUCCGCCGCUCCCUCGCCAAUCCGAAGCAAAGAAAUCUCCCUCGUCCAUCUCUCCGCCUCGAACAGCAUCCCUACAAUGUCGAUAUGCGUCCCUUCUGCUCUGACGAAUUUCCCGACUGGCAUUCACUAUACGGGGAGUAAGGGGAGCUCUGUCACGAUCCUUUGUGAUCAGGAAACAACGACGAACGGGGCCAAGAUUUGUUAUACUCCAUCUGACGGAUUAACAAGCCAAGAAAGACAGGAGAGGGACUCGCUUCAGAUGGGUGUGGUUAUGCAACUGGAAGGCGUCUUGGAAGCUAUGCAGGGUUGGGAUGCGCAGGCUGUGGAGAGGUUUGUGAGGGUCUUGCGGUUGAGGGUUGUUCCUUUUGACGAGGGGCAGGUUUUGAAGCCUGGAGUGUUUGUUUGGGAGAGGGUGAAUGAUUUGUGA